AUGCUAUUUUUGAAUUCGAACGCAUCAAUCGAACAGAUGUCGGCAGUUGCCGAAUGGACGAAAUCGCUUUUUUCUGAAUGCUGGUUCUGUCAUAUCGCUGGUGAUGACGCAAAUAGUGAAACAUUUGAGCUUAAUCACGAAUAUGAAAUCGCUCCAAUUGAUUGUGGCGUUUUGAAUGCGCAAGAAGUUUUGAUCUACAGUAAACCCACAAAAUACCCCGUCAAUUGGUUUACACUCGAGCAGACAAUGAGAUCAAACUGGACUAAAUUGAUGUUUGGGGCUUGCACUUUCGAUGCAAGCGAUUUGAAUCAAUUCAUAAAAGGAUGGCUGAAUGGAAAUAAUUCCAAAAUGGAGGUAUUCAGAGCAGUUGUAAAACCCUACAUUCGCGACUUAGUUCUCGAUGGAAUUGAGUAUGAGGAGAGGGACAUUACGGAGAGGAGACGUCCCUAUAACACUUCAUUUUUUAAUAACGCAUUCAACUCCUACUUCAUAGGAGGGUACUAUAUUCGGAGGAAUGAUGGUACUGUAGCUUCAAUCCAAGAAGAUUUUAAGUAUUUGGGGCCACAAAUCAUGAUCAUUUUCACGUUUGUUGUGUGGCCACAGGAUUCUUCAUAA